AUGAAAUAUAUAAAAUCGCAAGCGUCUUCCAUAAAAAUAUGUGAAACAUCACAAUCUACAUAUAAAAUAUCCUUCCUAUCUAUCUAUCUAUCUAUCUAUCUUGGUCUGUUCAAAGAUCUAUCUAUCUAUCUAUCUAUCUAUCUAUCUAUCUAUCUAUCUAUCUAUCUAUCAUUUCUCCUUUCUGUUUCUAUCUAUCUAUCUAUCUAUCUAUCUAUCUAUCUAUCUAUCUCGGUAGGUUCAUAUCUAUCUAUCUAUCUAUCUAUCUAUCUAUCUAUCUCGGUAGGUUCAUAUCUAUCUAUCUAUCUAUCUAUCUAUCUAUCUAUCUAUUCAGUCCUAUUUAUUUAUCUAUCUAUCUCUGUUUCUUUGUCUCUAUGUCUGUCUCUCUGUCUGUCUCUCCCUCCACCGUAUUUAGUAUCUCUCUCUCUCUCUCCCCAUCUCUCUCUUUGUCUAUCUAUCUUAGUCUGUUCAUAUCUAUCUAUGAGGCCUGGUAAGUGA